GGCCUCCCAAAAUCAAUAUUUGAAGAAUGGAGGAAGCUGAAUUGCUGAAGGAAAGAUUCCAGGCCAUAACAGACAAAAGAAAACUGCAGGAAGAAAUUACACAGAAACGUCUGAAAGUAGAGGAAGAAAAACUGAAACACCAGCAUUUAAAAAAAAAGGCAUUGCGAGAAAAAUGGCUCUUGGAUGGCCUGAGUUCUCUCACCCCAAAAGAGCAAGAAGAAAUGCAAAAGCAGAACCAGGAUGACCAACAACGGACUCAUGAACUGGAACAAGACAUUCUCAGACUGGAAAAGGAAAUUGAGGCUCUGGAAAAAGAGGAAAUGAAAAUUUCAGCUAAUGAAGAAGCUAUUUUAAAGAAACUUAAGUCAGUUGAGAAAACAACCGAAGACAUCAUAAAGUCUGUAAAAGCAGAAAAAGCAGGAGUUGAAGAAGAGACAGCAGACUACAUAUAUGCCAACAUACCCGACCUUCCAAAGUAUUUCAGACCCUCUGCACUAAAAAGAGCAGGACAUGCUGCAACAGACGAUGAAGAAAAGAGAAAAGCACUCUUUGCCAUGGAAAUUAAAGUUGAAAAAGACAUGAAGACAGGAGAAAACACAGUAUUAUCAACAAUACCUCUUCCCUCCAAUGAGUUUAAAGAGACAGGAAUUAAAGUCUAUGAUGAUGGCAGGAAGUCAGUCUAUGCAGUGUCUUCCAAUUGCAACCAAACACAAAAUGGCAUGGAUGAACUUGCUCCUGUUGAGGUGGAGGACCUCCUAAGGCAGGCAACUGAAAAAAAUUCCAAGUCUCCCACAGAGUACCAUGAGCCUGUGUUUGCAAACAAGUUUUGCAGGCCAACGACUCCUCAGAAAGACAAAUUAGUCUCUGGACCAAAACUGGAAGACCAACAAAAGAGAGAUAUGAAUGGACUUAGCAAACAUCAGACAGAGCUCUUCAGUAAGGCAGAGCCCUCUAUGAAGCCACAUAAAGAAAACGGUCUUGAUCUCCCAAGGGUAACACAACCAAAGUCUCCCUCUCCAGUACUUCCCCAAGCAGAGAAAAGAAUACACACUAACACCGAGAACACGAUGGUAUGUAACGAAAAAAGAAACACUGCACAUGAGGAAUUAAAACCUUACCACAAUACAAGUGAAAAGCAUCACGAGGCAAGAGCUUUAAACUCCUGUCAUCUUAAUGCAGUGUCCCCCACACCUCACGAAGAUGAGGAGGACGUCCAGUACAGAAUUGUCCAAGCUUUACCAUGUUAUGUGGAUGACUCAGAACCCGUUACGAUGAUUUUCAUGGGUUAUCAGCGUGUCGAUGAAGAUGCAGAAGCAGACCAAAAGUUGUCAAGAUACGAUGGGGUUAUCCGAGCAGAACUAGUUAUGAUUGAUGAUGAUGAGGAAGAUGACAGCAAAUCUGAGAAGCCAUCGUAUCAUCCCAUAGGCCCCUACAGUCAGGUUUAUCAGCCCCUAAACAGGCAGAAAAGCACCGAAGUACCACAGACGGCCCCUGCAAGCAGGCAAGGUGGGAACCUGAACACGGCACCUCACAAAAACUCCAUCUCCCUACGAGAACAAGAGGAACGUUUAAGCUCACCAACACACCCAGCUCACCUUCACAGCCAGGGACCCGGAGAUGGUACUGAAGAUCCCUCAUUAACAGCUCUGAGGAUAAGAAUGGCAAAACUGGGGAAAAAGGUGAUUUAACAGCUAUAAUGACAUGGAAGUAAAGUUUAUUACUCAAAGCAGAAUAAAGCUAAGAAGAGUUUCUUCAA